CACAGACCAAAAUGUGGGACUCAUUGGUCGAUUUCUCAGGCCAGCCACGACCCAGAUUGCGCAACUACGGAGGUAUUGUCCCUGCUGAUAGCAACAUCAGAGAACUCUGGGCGAGCCCCUGAAUCCCCCGACCGAGUUUGGACCCUUUGGCCCAGAGACCAUGUUUGAUUUGGCUCAAUUCCACUUCAGCAUGGCGAGCCAUCAACCAGAAACCUCUCGCAAGCACCGCAUACCUCGACCGUACAGCACAACACUUCUUCCCAUCACGAAUGGAUGACGAGCACGUCCUCAAGGACUACAUUGCCCAGCUCCACGGCCAACACCUCGAUACCGCGCUCACUUCCCUCAGACACGCCGUCAAGUCGGGCGACGCGCAGCAGGUAGUCAUGGCGAUCCCGAUGCUGCUCGCGCUGACGAUAUGCCCGGCAAUGCUGGGCACCCAAGAGGCCAUCCGGCAGAGCCAGGCCAAGAACAAGCGCGAGGAGCACCGCGCGCGGCGGUGCAAUCUGAUUGCAUCAUGUGUGCGGCCGUCGAUCCGGGCGGGGGACAUUGAUGGCAAGAUUGUGGUGCUGAAGCAUGGCAAGCUCUACAUCGCAAGCGAAAGCACUAUAAGCCACGUGGACAAUCAAGAAACCACGACGACAACGACAACAACAGACGGGCACCCUUUCGCAGGCUACUUCCUCCCCUACCCCGACUCUUCCUACGAAGGCAUCGUGAGCACCAUCACCGAGGACCCACCAAUGCUCAACUGGAUCUACGUCGACCGCGAGACGUAUGAGGUCAAGCAUGGCCUGCGCGUCGACGCACAGCCGCACAUCACGGGCCCGUUCGACUGCACUCGGCAGGACCGACGGAUGACACUGGAGGGGUGGGAGGGUUUCGUCGCGGUCGAGGAGACGCCGGGGGUCUGGGCGUUGUACUUCGACCGCGAUGACAAUGGGCUUAAAGGGAAGGUGCCGUUUGGGACGAGGGUGUUGGAGGUGGAGCUCACGCGAAGAGAGAAGAAGGAGAGAAAACCGAGGAGAGAUGAGGCGGAGGCAACAACGCUGGAUGAGAUGAUGGCGCAGCACAAGGAGAGAGGCCGUGUGGAAGAAGAGGAGAAGGAGCAGUUUCUGGGCAAAGACGAGAUUUUCCUUGAGAAGUUUCCUUCAAUCCGGGAGCCUGAGCCUGCUGGGUCUGAAGUGACGCAGACUGCUGCUGACGAUGCCAUCCCAGUGGAUUGGUCGCAUUUGUCACUUGGGCUAGACAACGACCGCGAGAGCGUCGGCUCGAAGACGGCCGUCCCAUCAAUCUGUGGCGAUGAAGGCGAGCCAGGAGCAACGAUUUCGGACAAACCGACUGCAGCCGCGUAUCAGCAGCCAUAUGUGGAAGAUGUUUCACACAUGUAGAUUAUAGGAUAGGCCAUCACAAUACCAAACACGGGUCUAUGAA